GCCUGUCCAAUCACUGUGCUGUUGGCGGGAUCCAUCUGCAAGCUCGGGCCCAGCUCGCUGAGACGGGACGCUAGAGCAAUGCAACUCAGUACUUCUCUUCCGCGCACCUUAUUAUGGAGCCUCCCGCAUCAUUGUCUGAACUCACCGCCAUCCAGGUUCACGGUGUAGCUAUCCGAAAUGAAUAAAGACGCACAACUCCGAGCAACAAUAAACCAGAAGCUGAUAGAAACAGGCGAACGAGAACGACUGAAGGAGUUGCUCAGAGCAAAACUCACUGAAUGUGGAUGGAAAGAUCAGUUAAAAGCACACUGCAAAGAUGUGAUCAGAGAAAAAGGAUUGGAACAUGUUACAGUAGAUGAUUUGGUGGCAGAAAUAACUCCAAAAGGAAGAGCCCUGGUGCCAGACAGCGUGAAGAAGGAGCUUUUGCAGAGAAUAAGGACCUUUCUUUCUCAGCAUGCCAGUCUCUAAACUUGAUGCCCAAAUUAGUUUGCCACUUCUUUAUUAUUUCAGACCAUGAAUUUAAUCAAUCAUCAAAAUGGCUCCCAUUUGAAGCUGCACAGUUUUAAUUUUGUGAUCAGCUUUGUGACAAUUUUUGAUACAUUUAUUGUUGUAUUUUUUACGUUCUCAGCCACGAUUCAAAAGCAGCUUUUUUUACUCGCCCUCCAAUCUUUUUCUUGGUAUGUUUAAAAAAUGUUUGUUGAAAUAAAGAUAUUUUGAAAAGAU